GAGCGACCCCCGCCUCCCCGAGCAGGUAGAAGAUGACAGAAUACUCGAGGAAGUCCUUCAAAGACAGCCUGAGAGACAUAAAACACCGUAUGAAUGAGAAAAGAAAUCAGAAAUGGGCAAAGCUGGGUAAAACUACCCAGUUCUCCACCGUAAAGGCCAAACGAGCAACCAACAGCUCCUCCAAAAUGAAGAUCAUUCAAGCAAACAACAGAGAUCUAGCUCUGUCUUUGCAAGAAGAAAAGCUCAAACUGAGGGAAGCCGAAGCUACCAUUCUUCAGUUAAGGAAAGAUUAUCACAAUUUGAGGGCUCAGAUGGUUGACUUGCAGAGAAUUCAUAGGUUCCAGCAAGAACAAGGACUUGUGGAGAAUCGACUGUCAGCCUUGAAUGAGAUAAUUUCCAAAGUCUUGCAGAAUUUACUGGACUCAGCUGAUCUCCUGGGCCCAGCAAAGAAUUUGUGUUCCAUAGACAUAAAUCAAAGAGUGCUUUCUUCAGGUCCUGGAAACAGUUGCAGCAUCACAGGUUCAAGAGGGCCUCUGCAGCGUGCUCAUGGAGGUGAUCCUGUACUUCCGAGUAGGACAGAAGACUGCAGUGAUAGAAAUUCUUGGUCAAAGAUGUGUGUGGAAUCUGACAAUGACAUUUCCUUAACAAAAAUAAUUCCAAACAAAGGACGGACUUUUGAUAUUCAUCUGGACAACAUGGAGUCAGAACUGGAAAACAUUUCUUCAGGUGAAAAGGCUGGACUUGGUAAAGUGUUACCAAAAAAUGUGUCCACCAGGCGUUGCUUUUCAAAGAUGAAAAACCUCAAUGUAGUUUGCACUGGUGUCUUGGACCACUCAGAAGCACCUGAUUCAAUAGAAGAACUUUCUGAAGAGAAAGAAAUUAGGCUUGAGGAAAGUCUAGAGGAGUGUGCUACAGAAAAUGCAAAUGCUGAAAGUCUACAGGAGUGUGCUACAGAAAAUGCAAAUGCCGAAAGUCUACAGGAGUGUGCUACAGAAAAUGCAAAUGCCGAAAGUCUACAGGAGUGUGCUACAGAAAAUGCAAAUGCCGAAAGUCUACAGGAGUGUGCUACAGAAAAUGCAAAUGCUGAAAGUCUACAGGAGUGUGCUACAGAAAAUGCAAAUGCCGAAAGUCUACAGGAGUGUGCUACAGAAAAUGCAAAUGCUGAAAGUCUACAGGAGUGUGCUACAGAAAAUGUAAAUGCUGAAAGUCUACAGGAGUGUGCUACAGAAAAUGUAAAUGCAGCUAUUUCUCACUUGAAUGAAGGCAAGGUAGAUUCAGAACAGGUGUUGAGACCGAGAAAGUCUGAAACUGCACAGUUCAACUUAAAACAUAAUUUUGUUUUUAAACAACCUGAGUGUAAAAGCAGAGAAAACUCUCAAGGAAGGAAAAAGAAGUGCCAGAAGGGAGUAUUGAAACAGCCUAAAAAUACUUCCAAAAAAGGACCAGGAAAACGGGAUAAAGAGGCUUCCAAAAAAAAGCUGAAUUUCUUGGGCGGCAUCAGUGAUGCUUAUGACUUCCAUUUGGAAGAGAGUGUCCACGUUACACCUUUUCGACAAAACAAGGUGAAUGACAAAGAUACUGCUGUGGAUGACACACAAGGCUCAGAGAAAACUGAUUCCAUCGAGUUGAGCGAUACUGAAGAUGAUUUAGAUGACAGUCUCUAUGAGCCUUACAAGAGUAAAUCGAAGAAAACGCUAAGUUCAGUAGACGAUGAUGCUACAUCGCCAAUCCGUCCAAGGCCAAGGUCUAAAAGAUGUUGGGCACAGCGUGAGCAGAAACUCUGUCAUGAAGAAGAGACUGAAAACAACAAAUCAAGUGACAAGUCUAUUGGGCAGCCUUCUGAGCCACCUCGUGGGCAUCUCUGUGAUGUUACCAAUACCACUGCAUUGCUCCCCAGCACUGGGGAUCCAGCACCUGUCCCAGAAGGGGAAGGGCCACGGUCUCCAAAAUGCAAGCGAAGCUGUACUACUAUCGUGAGCUAUAAAGAACCAAGUAUUGCAGGGAAGCUCAGGAGAGGCGAUCCAUUUACAGAUACAAAGUUCCUGACAUCUCCAGUUUUCAAGAUGAAGAAAAGAUGCUAAAUGAUGUUCUCCUAAGAAUGAAUCUCUGAAAAAAGACAAUUUCUCUGAGAAAUUGGUUACCUGUCAUUGAGAUUUUCAGCAAAACCAUGCUCAUGCCAUGAAGAAAAGAAAUCUUAAAUCCAAAUUGCUGUUGCGCAAUACCUCAUUUAAGUAUGUGAAUAUUUGUGUAUCUAAUAUUAAGGGUAUCAGAUUAAGGGGGUAUCAGUUUGAUAUGGUGACUUGUUUUUAAUGAUGCGGAUUGAUUACUUGUAUAACUGAAAUUAUUACAUUCAAGCUCCUUUUGACUGGAUCUGGGAGUAUAUGAAAAAUCUGAUGGAUAAGACGCUGAAUGUCAUUUUAUGACCUGUAGUCAGUAAGGUUGAACUUUAGGCACUUGAGAUGUUUUGGGCAGGGAGUCUUUUUAAUAACAGUUUUUGUACAGAUGUUGUCUAUGUAGUGGUUGUAGUUUCAUAUUCAAUCUCAUAAUAAACGUCUUAGU